UCCCCCGAUCAAUCCAAACUUACUCCCUUUCCUCCCCACGCCCCACUAACGAUCUUCUUCUCUUCUUUCUUCCCAAUCUCAACCCUGAAAACGAACUUUGAGCAGACCGCCGCACGCCUGCACCUCAGCUCGCCUAAGACCGCCUCACCUCCGUCGAUACUCAGACCGCUGCACCUCAGCUCGCCGUGACUCAGACCGCGGCCAAUCUCAACCAUUCGACUGCGACCCAGUUCUUUUCUUCACCUUCGCGCCUCAGCUCGCCGCCAUUGACGACCUCGACCAUCCUCGCCGCACCUUGCUGCCACCGUCACCGGACAUAAGCCGAUGGCUCUUAGACGAUUCUUAGGCUUUUCAGAUGGUGAGGUCAUGAGAUCAGAUGCUAAGCCUUGCUCGCAGUUGAUGAAACAGACUGCUGGGUUAUGUACUGUUGGUGGAGGACUUGCUUUCUGGAUUCUUUGUAGAUUGCACUAUGGUCCAAGAAUUACAGUACCUAGGAGUCUUCGUUGGGCAGCUUGUGGAGCAGCAUCGAUGAGUGCAACCUCGGCUUUGCUUGUCCGGUUGUUUAGUCCAGAAUGUGAACCUCAGAAUAUAGCUGCUUAUGACAAAAGGAAAGUUGUAAAGUAAUUGACAUUCAUAGAGUAAUAAUCUGUAAGACCCACUUCUAAAUCUUCUAGCUUUUGGUCAUUUUUACAUAUUGGUUAUGUAAUUGUGUAACAUUUUGUUGGAUGAGGAGUUUAAAAUGAAAUAGAAAUAAAAGAAAAAUUAAAGAAUUGGAA